AUGCAUACUGUGGAAUCAUCAGAAAAAUCUGAAAAUGGAAAUUCUGGUGAACAAGGCAAUGCUUUAGAAUACAUACCCUUUAAAAAGAGGAGAUUAUCAGUAAACAGCGGCAAAUUUGUAAAUUAUGGGACUGCAGGCUCGACUGGCAACUGCCGGAGCAAAAACCUGGUUAUCCAUCCAGUUGAAAAAGGCGAAAAAGAUGACAAACUCUUUGGUGAAAAACGUGAAGAAGAAUAUAAAGAAGGAGAAGAGGAGCGAGUCCAAGGAGGAGGAGGAGGAAAUCCCCUUGCGCGAAGCGCUGUAGGAAACUCAUUUUCUGAACAAAAAUCGAAUGCAGUUGAGCGAAUAGAAGAGCAAGAGAAAAACAUCAUCAAUGACGUUGCAGGCUUUAUAAAUUUCAGUUUGGUGCCCGUAAAGCAACGCUCGCAGGGAGUUGUCUAUGAAAAGUCCAUAGAAUCCAUUUACACUAUCCCUUCUUGUUACAGAAAUAUUCCCGAGUCGGUUUUGAAUGUUGUUAGGGACGUUUUGUUCAUUGACGUGAGUGGCUCCGACGUCCCGCCUCCCAUUGUGAAAUUUGAUCACAUGAAACUGCCCAGUGCAAUUAUGAGGGCUCUGAACGACAAGAGAAUACUUGAGCCGACGAAUAUACAGAUGCAGGCGCUCCCUGCGGCGCUGCUUGGCCGCGAUGUUAUAGGCAUCUCCUCCACAGGUAGGACGAGCAGUGGCAAGACGAUCGUUUUCGUGAUUCCCAUGGUCAUGCAGGCCUGGGAAAUGGAACUGAGGCUGCCCCUCAAGGCCUUCGAGGGCCCCUUCGGACUUGUCGUGUGUCCGUCCCGAGAACUCGCCUCCCAGAUCACGGAAGUCGUAAAAUACUUCGCUCGGCAUGUGCACAAGCACGGGGGACCAUCGCUCGAGUGUCUGUGUGUGAUCGGGGGCAGUGAUAUCUGGCGUCAAAAGGACGCUCUUAGGGACGGAGUGCACAUGGUGGUCGCCACGCCGGGGAGGCUGAGUGACCUCGUGAGCAAGGGGACGCUCAACCUGGCGCAGUGCCGCUACCUGUGCUUUGACGAGGCCGACGGGCUCAUCGACCUGGGCUUCGACGAGGAGAUCGGGACCGUGUUCAACCACAUGAGCGCCCAGCGCCAGACGCUCCUGUUCUCAGCCACCAUGCCCAAGAAGCUGCAGGAGUUCGCCAGGUCAUCGCUGGUGAUGCCCAUCGUGGUUAACGUGGGCGUGUCAGGCUCGGCCUCGAAGAACGUGAAGCAGCGAGUUCUGAGGGUCCCGAAGGAGCAGAAGCUGAAGAACGUCCUCCAGAGUCUGCAGAGCACGCCGCCGCCGGUGCUCAUUUUCUGCGAAAACAAGGCCGACGUGGACAUGGUCCACGAGUACCUGCUCCUGAAGGGCGUGGACGUGGCGGCGAUACACGGGGGCCUGAGUCAGGAGGAGAGGCGCAGCUCAGUGAAGAGGUUCAGGGACGGUGAAAGGGACGUGCUGGUGGGGACGGACGUUGCCUCCAAGGGCCUGGACUUCUCGGGCGUCAAGCACGUCAUCAACUUCGACCUCCCCCGCGACAUAGAAAACUACGUGCACAGGAUAGGGCGCACAGGGCGCGGGGACCGGACGGGCUUUGCGACCACCCUUCUGGACGGAACCGAGGAGGAAGGCGCGCUCAAGAACAUCAAGUCGAUUCUAAUCGAGUCAAACCAGGAGAUUCCGGAGUUUUUGAAGGGAAUACACGUCGGCGCGGACACUCUGAGGGUGAGUUUUGAGAUGAGUAAAGCCUGUAUAGGAAAUUGGAGGACUCAUAGGGUGUGCCUUCUGCGGAGCGUUGGGGCACAGAAUCGCAGAAUGUCAAAGGCUCAGCAGCGAGAGGAGCAAGCAGCUGAUGGGCCAGAGAGGUUGGUUCGCCAGUUUCACAAAAACUUUGCAGAAAACGAGUUCGACUGA